UGAACGGUCCCUUGAAGGACAAAAUGGUUAUUAAAAAGUUUAACUGACAUAUUUAGGUUUGCGUGGUUUUGGCUAGUUCAGGGGAAAAUAAACGAAGAGAACCUCCCAGAAGGCAAAAUCAAAGUUCUUGGACGAAGUAGCGAGUACAUGAAACCCAUGCAAGUACGAGAAACCAUAAACAGAUUUUAAGUUCUAUUUAAAUAUAGCAAGACAUAACCCCUAAGACACUAUUUUGUAACUUUACCGCAUUAUUACUUAAAAUAACCCGACCUUACUCAAAAUAGAAAACAACUGAUUUUAGGGUCAUUAUCAGAGCGAUUCUAUACUUAUCUCGGAGAUCACAGAGCUGAUAUAUGGGGUAUCCCUUCACGCCUGUUUUAUAUGUAACCAAAUCGCCCAAAGUUAGAAUAGAGUGGGUCAUAGUUCACGUUCAUUUUCGUUUCGUUUGCUAUACGUAUCGUCCGCGAGGGGAACUUAUGAUUUUCACAUUUGAUUCUGGAGUGCCCUUCAGUAAACAUUAGUAUAUUCAGUGGCGAUACCGUGGGUGUUGGUUGUGUCCUUUAGAAUUUACAACAGCUUGAGAUCUCAAUAGCUGAAUUUAGACAGGAAACUUUAAACAUGCUUAACUCAGCAAAUCGGCAAUCUUGCAAUUGACAGCAAAGUCUGAUGUCGCAAGGAUCUUGAAUUGAUCGGAACUUCGCCAAAUCGCACUUUUCACAAUGGAAUAUACAUCAGAACAAUUAAACUUUUUUCGAAUCUGUUACAUCGCCUUUAAUCUGUUCCCGAAAGGACUGCGAAAAAUCUCCAAACAAGAAUGGGAUUUCCGUUAUAAAACCACAACCUUUGGAGAAUGGAAAGACGUGCCACAGAAUGGUCGGGACUUUUGUAGCAACGAAUCUCGUAAAAGCCGUUCGAAGAAUGCGCGAUAUCUGACGACUAUACGGAACGGUAACACGGCAGAAUGGGACUGUAGCUGUUUGUUUUUCGUGAUUCUGUUCUCAGAUAGCAUUGGUACAACCCUAAGUGCAGCCAUCAGGAGAGAAGUCGAUGAUCUUCGUCAAGUCCGAAAUGACAUUGCUCAUAAUGUUGAAGCCAAACUUACGGACGCUGAGUUCCAGAAUUAUGUUGCAAGAGUGUUGCUUGAUUUCAACGCCUUGAGUCUUCCAGUAAGUGAUAUAGAGGAGGUUGAGAAGCAAACGAGCUUUCCCACCGCAGAAGUAGCCAAAUUGUUGGUACAGGUUAGCAAUCUCCAAUCAGAGUUGACGACAACCAAAUCUGAUUUACAAGUGGCACAAGACACGAUACAGAGAAAGGAAAAGCAGGUUGAUUGCCUUACUCAAGAGAUUAAUUCUAGAGUUGAGUCGUUCUGUGAUCUCACUUUCAAGCCAUCUCACAAAAUCAUCAGACGCUCAAAAGACGUCACAAGGAUUAUGACAAAAAUGCAAGAGCUUGACGAUAGAAGUAAUGGAGCAGUCAGUACCAUUUACUUAUCAGGAAAUCCUGGAUGUGGCAAAAGUCAAACUGCGCGUCAAAUUGGAGAAGAUUUCUUUGCAAUGAGAGCGGGUGAAGGUGAAGAUCUGACAUUUGUAACAACCCUGAAUGCAGAAACUCUUGAAACACUGACUGACUCUUACAUUUCCCUGGCGAAACAGCUGGGAAUCACGGAAUACGCUCUCACCAACCUAGCUGCCCUGAAGGCCAACAGCGCAAGCCAGUCGAUUCAGCAUCUGAAGCUUUUGAUUUUCCCAAAGUUUAAACAGUUCUCCAAGUGGUUGAUAAUAGCAGACAACGUCGUUGAACUGUCCUUAAUUCGUAGCCAUCUGCCUCAAACCGCCAGUGAAGAGUGGGGUCACGGUCAGGUGCUAAUAACAACUCAAGACAGCAGUGCAAUCCCUUCAAAUGCUCCUCAUACUUACCAUGAGUCACUCAGUGCAGGAAUGCAGCCCGAGGACGCAGUAGAGUUGCUGAAACAAGUAUCGCAAAUUUCAAAUCACGAGCAGGCUGAAAAGGUUGCUGAGGUUCUCGAGUAUCAGCCGCUUGCCUUAGCAGCUGCUGCGUUUUACGUACAAACUGUUGUGAGUCAUGGUUCUCCAACUUACAGCUGGGAAAAAUACCUGGAAACAUUUGUUAGUGGCGAAAGGGAAGGAACAGAAGAACCACUUGCCAAAGAAAACACAGCUUACUCGAGUACGAUGACAACAGCAAUUAGAAUGGCAUUAGACAGAGCUUCGAAAAGCGAUGAAGUUCUCCAUCAGAUAUUUCGCCUUCUUUCGCUAUGUGCACCCGAGUCUCUUCCAAUUGAGGUCGCUGUUAACUUCGUCAAAGCUCGUACUACGGGAAAACCAAACGAACUCAUCAAGGCUACGAUUUUAAAAUCGUCCUUGAUUACUUGCUUACAUGGCGAGAACGAAGAACCGGCGUAUAUAAGGGUGCAUAACAUUGUUCACGAAGUACUCCAGAGAGUUUCAACGUUUGAUGGGGAAUUCAUAGCGUCUAUAUCUGAAGCGAUCAAGAAUUUUUGCUUUCUCACUCUUAUAGAGAGUAACCAUUUGUUUGAAAAUGGGAACGCGUGUGCAAAGUUACGAAGAGUUGCAAGCCAUUGCAAAAUGCUACAUGAAAUUCUCACCAGUAAGUUCGCAUCAAAGGAUACUUGGGUGAAGAAUUUAGAACCCUUCAUCAGCGCAGACAAUGUUGCCUCGUGGCUUUCCUCAACAGCAGCUGUUUGCUGUGACCUCAGCAACCCAUCAGACGCCGAUCUCUUUUCUACAUCAGCCUGUGAACUGGUACAGUACAUUAGCAGUACGCGCGAUGGAGAGCUGUUGAAAGCUGACAUCUGUGCAGUCCACGGUCGUGUCCUGUCGCUACAAUGCGAGUAUGAAUUAUCAUUCACUUUCUUUGAAAAGGCUAAGACCAUUUCUAGAUCAAUUCUCGGAAAGGAACACGCUGCCGUUGCAGGAAGCUAUAUCAACCUCGGAAAUGUUUUGCGCAAGCUUGGAGACUACAGCGAAGCAAAAGAACACUACAUGAAAGCACUGAUGAUUACAAAGAAGAUCUACGGCGAGGAACAUGCCGACGUAGUAAGGAGUUGUAAUAAUCUGGGCAUUGUUCACAGUGACCUAAGACGACACACUAAAGCCAAAGAAUUCUUCGACAAAGCACUGAUCAUUGGAAAGAAGAUCUACGGUGAAGAACAUGCCGAGGUUGCAAGAAGUUAUAACAACUUGGGCAAUGUUCACAGUGAUAUGGAACAGUACAGUCAAGCAAGAGAGUAUCACGAGAAGGCCCUGACGAUUAGAAGAAACAUUUACGGAGAAGAACAUGCCGAAGUAGCAGGAAGUUAUAACAACCUGGGAAACGUUCUACGAAACCUUGGUCAGGACAUUCAAGCCAAAGAAUGCCACGAGAAGGCACUGAGGAUUAGAAGAAAAAUUUACGGCGAAAGGCAUGCAAAAGUCACAGAAAGCUAUCACAACUUAAACCUUCUUGACGGUGGCUUUACACAUCAUUAUCAAGCUAAGUCGAGCAUUUGCACUAUGUUGUAAUAUGAUGUACACCAGAAUCGGACGCAGCCCUCGCCAACAGACUGUUUUCGAUUGACAUAUAAUCUAAUUGUGUUAAUAUAAAUCUAUACUAGUCGUUAAAACUAAACUAGAGAAUUAUCUCAAUCUUCUUCACAGGCACUUCGCAAAGAAGAGACCGUCACUUUGGUAGCAACCACACACUGCUAGGCUACUCACUAUCUACAACAGAAUAGAUAGUGAGUAGCGUAGCCAAUCAGAGUACGGCAUUUGAGAUAGCUAGACGAUUUAUACGGAUAGAAGCAAUUGUCACUUAUUUUAUCUCUUCCAGAAAGAGUUUGUCCUAUCCGUAUUGUCGACAGACAAGGACAGAAUGAAAUUAAAUAGAUAU